AUGAGCAACGAUCAUCAUUAUCAACAUCAUCCACGAACUGUCAUACCCGUGACAGUAAAUCCAAGCGAUGAUCAACGUUAUAUACGUUUUCGUUCAUCGGAAGGAACAUCAAAUGAUAUACAUGAUCGAAUGAGUACACGUAUGCGUGAUUUUGAAGAAGAAUGUCGACGAUGGCGAGAAAAAUUUUUUAAUGAAUCAAGAACAGAACCAAGUUCAUAUCCAUCAUCAUCAUUAGUUCAUUCAAAACCACGAAUGCGUGUGGAUUUUCCUGAUUUUCCCGAAUUCGGUGGAGUUGAUUGGCCAACAUUUCGAGGAUCAGCAUCAGGUUUAGGUACAACACCAAAUACAUCAGGUCAACGUGCAUUUAUUGAAGAAGAUAAUGAUGGACGAAAAAAAUAUAAAAUUCAAUUUGAUAUUGGUGAAUUUCGUCCCGAAGAACUCAAUGUCAAAGUUGAUGGUCGUAUGUUAAUUGUUAAAGGUGAUCGUCAAGUUAAAGUUGGUAACGCAACUGAAUCAAAACAAUUUAAUCGUGAAUUAACAUUACCAGAAUUUGUUGAUGUUAAAACUUUACAAUCAUAUUUAUCGGAUGAUGGUCAACUUACAAUGGAAGCACCUGUACUUAUGGAUCGUGUUUAUAAUGAUUCAGGUUUAUCAGCUAUAACAUCAGCACCAAGUACAUUUCGUCAAUCAAGUCCAGGUCGUGUUGUUGAUACAACAUUUACUGCUGGACGUCAACCAACAACUCUUACUAUUGGUAAUAAUCCACCAAGUUCAUAUUCAUCAUCAUCAUCAUUUCGACAAGAAAGUAAUAGUAGUGUUGGAUCAAAUAAUUUUCAUCGUAAUAGUCCAUUACGUGAUCAAUAUUCAUCAACAAGUUCAACAUCAACACUUGUUGGUAGUAGUAAUAAUCCAACUCCUGUUACAUUUUCAACAAUAACAUCACGACCAGAAUUUUCAAAUAGUGAUCGUAAUGAUGGAAGUAAACUUGUUACAUAUAAAUUUAAUUUAAGUGAAUUUGUACCUGAAGAUAUAGCUAUACAAGUUAAUGAUACAAUGUUAAAAGUUAGUGCCUUAAGACAAGAACGUGAUGGACGUGGAACAAGUCAUCGAGAAUUUAAACGUGAAAUUGGUUUACCAGAUGGUGCUGAAGCAAAAAAAUUAACAAAUACAUUAAGUGCUGAUGGUAUUCUAACAAUACAAAUCCCAGUACGUGAUAUUCGUCCACCAUUAACACCAACAUAUCAAUCGCAACAAUUUAGUUUACCAACAAAUAUUGGUGCAAAUGAUUCAUAUAUAGUGGGUGAUCAACAACUUAAACUUACAUUUGAUUUAAGUGGUUAUAAACCUGAUGAUGUUAGUGUUAAAGUUAAUGAUAAUGUUUUAAAAGUUCAAGCUGUUCAUAUUGAUAAUACACGUGGUAAUCAAAUUAAUCGUGAAUAUAUGCGUGAAUAUGUCUUACCAGAUUGGGUUGAUGUGAAUAAUUUACGCGCUAAAAUGAGUGAGGAUUCAACACUUACUGUUGAAGUACCAAUACCGCAUGAUCGUGUACCUGCAUUCAACCGUCAAAUUAAAAUUACGCAAUAG